UUCCUUUAUUGUUUAUUCUAGGUCAAACGAUGCAAUUAUUCAUUUUUAAAACUAUUAUUCAAGUGUUAACAUUACGUUAAAUUUACGAGCUCGAAAAAUUUACUAACAAUUAAAAGUUAAUAAUCAAAAAUCAACAAUUGAAAAUUUAAAUAAUUAAAUUCUUUGAGUAAAAAAAAAAAGUAUAAAAAAUGUCAUUACAUUGCAAUCCAUUAAUUUAUUUAAAUAUGGGGGGUGAAAUGUUAUAUGUUUUGCAACAAAGAUUGAAAGCGCAAAAAAUUAACACACGUAAAACAACAACAGUAAUGGAUGAGAUAACAGCAGCAUUAGUGCAUCCAAAAAUAUUAUCAACGAUUUUCAAUGACGCGCCGAUUUCGAGCUUAAGUUGGAUGCGAUCGACGUUAGAAAAUAUCGCGUUGUGUUCAAUAAUGCGAUUAGACGCUGAUAGUAUGAAUAAAUUAUUCGAUUUAAUGAUGAUGAUGGUCAAGUAUCAGCUGUCAGUUGCCACUGGACCAAGAGAAGUUGUUCUGUUGACGAUGAAUCACGUCGACUCAUUUCGGAAUAUGGUCACGCGCAGUGGGACACAUGAAAGAAUUGCUGUCGUUCAUGAAAUGAUAAUUAAAAAAUAUGGGAAGUUGACUUAUGACGAAAUAUGGCAGGCGAGGAAUGAAUGCUUGGAUUUACUGUGCGGCAUUAAUGUGCGGGUGUCUAUUCUACUGAAAUUGGGAUUGCAAAAUGAGGAUACUACUUUCAAUAAUCAUCCACGUAAUUACAAUGAAAAAUUUGAGUCAAAACGCGAUGAACUGGGAGCUAUUAAAUUAGUGGAUACACCUCAGGCUCAUAGAGUUGGAUCCUUCCAACUGCUGGGUGACCGUGUCACGUUUUUGGGAAAAAAUAUAUACACAAUGAACUUUACAUUUGUAAUAAGCAAACCGCAACAAUUGAUGCCUACUAAAAGCAGAGACAAAUUGUUUGUCAAAGACAAAGGAACAAAAGCUGAACUUGGAAUGCUGGCAAUGCAGUUGGGUACUGAAGAUACAUCCUCAUCAACAAGGACAUUCAGUCUUGACCUCUUUGAUGACAUUGACGUCAAAACCGAUGAUGACACCGAAAAAAGUGACCCCAAAGAUCCCGCAGCGAAUCAAAAUAACGAAAACAAUGACAAGAUAAAUACAAACGAUGACUAUAAGAACAAAUUGGAAAAUAUCUGUUCUGAUUUUUUGACCACCGAAGAUAAGAUAGACAACAAAUUAAAUCUUUUACAGCUUCUUGAUGAGGCCAAUUAAUCUAUUAUAAUAAUUAUCAUUCAUUUAAAUAUUUAAGUACACAAUUGAUUUGUAAGUGUGAUAAAAUUUUAUUUUUUAUUGUAAAAAAAAGAAAACAAAUAUAUUUA